AUGGCUUGGAGCUGUUGCUGGUCAGCGAACAGUCUGUCCAGCAAACUUCAACAGCGUCAUGAGGAACGAUGUGUCUUCUUCGGUUAUUGGCUGUUCCCUCUUGCAGAAAAGAACAUCACCGAAAGCACUUGUCCUUUAACAAGCUACGAAGAUGUCGGUUCGGUUGUUAGCUACCGAUCAUUGUCAGCUACAUGCAAUAACGCGAAGUGCUCCAACCCUUCGACUCAAGCAUCGACUUCUGCCUGUGGUCAAAGCAUUCUCGAGGCUGCCAUAAUGCUGACAGAAAACGAUUCCCAGAUCAGCGACUGUUACUAUGUCGUCACUAUGAGACUCGCGCAAGCGCACUUCAAGAGCGUCUACAAAUCCGUGUUCUUCUUGUGCGACGCUGUGCCUCCACUCGCGAAUGCUUCCAUUAAUUUAACCGCUAUAUCAUCACCGCCUCCGGUGGCUGCACCACCUGUCGAAGGACCAGAUGCAUCAGCUCCAUCGCCUUCAGCAAAGCCGUCGUCCCCUGCACCAGCACCUGCCCCUUCAUUGGUAGCGCCUUCUUCCACACCUGCUCCGGCACCUUCGGCAAAAGCAAACUCAACAAGGCAUGCACCGUCUUCCGCACCAAGUCCAGCACCAGCUGGCUCUACUAGCCCAGCUUCAGCACCAAGUCCAGCACCAUCAAGCUCUAUUAGCCCAGCUUCAGCACCAUCUCCAUCACCUACCAAUAAGACAAUUGGUGUACCUGGAUCGCUCAACGAACCCCAAGAACCUUCAGGUUCAAACACAGGUUCCGUGGCUAAAACAAAGGGUGCAUCUUCAGGAACCGGUUCAGCGUUUUCAGGAUUUAUUGUUGUGCUGAAGCGAGCGAGCUUCGAGCUACAGCAGUUUCUGGAGCAGGAGAAGCAGAAGGCGAUGCUGAAUGAGCUGGUGGCGAAGCUCACGGAGGUGUGCUGGGACAAGUGCGUUACGGCCGCGCCGGGGACCAAGUUCAGCGGAUCGGAGUCCUCCUGCCUAAGUAACUGCGCGCAGCGGUAUCUUGAUGUCAGCGGACUGAUCGUGCGGAAAUUCCAGGGCAUGCAAAGAUGA